CCUAGUUUGUUCUCGGAUAUAAAAGGAAAGCGCCAACACAAGCCCUCAUUCUUCUCACUACUUAGGGUUUUUCCAGUCGGCCAAAGCAACCAGCAGACUCCUCCAAACCCUAGCCCCCAAUUCUCCCCGUUUCGCAGCCAUGUCGAAGAAGAAGGUUAGGGAGCCAAAGGAAGACAAUGUUACCCUUGGUCCCAUUCUCAAGGAUGGAGAACAUGCCUUUGGUGUUGCACACAUUUAUGCGUCAUUCAAUGACACGUUCAUUCACGUAACUGAUCUGUCAGGAAGGGAAACCCUUGUGCGUAUCACUGGUGGUAUGAAGGUUAAGGCUGACAGGGAUGAGUCUUCCCCAUAUGCUGCUAUGCUUGCAGCACAAGAUGUUGCACAGAGAUGCAAGGAAUUGGGCAUUACUGCACUUCAUAUUAAGCUUCGUGCUACUGGCGGCAAUAAAACUAAAACACCUGGUCCAGGUGCUCAGUCUGCCCUCCGUGCUCUUGCUCGUUCUGGAAUGAGAAUUGGUCGUAUAGAGGAUGUGACUCCAAUACCUACUGAUAGCACCCGUAGAAAGGGUGGAAGGAGAGGAAGGAGGCUGUAAGCUUGCACCUCUUAUCUGUUCAGAAUUGCUUGUCAUGGUGGUCGCCGUGCCUCAGUUGGAUUAUGUUACUCCGAAAUUAGGCGCUGUUACUUUCAGUUUCGAAACUAUGUAGCUUUUGACUUAAGUUUCUUCAAAAGAUUUAUUUUCAAUUAAUUCGGAAAGAGUUUUGUGACUCUUGAAGUUUUGUUUUGUUAUCUACUCUGCUAUUGUGGUCUGCAACGAAGUAUCUUUUGGUCUA